AUGCAGAAUAACGUCGAUACGAGCGCCAGUAGUGGCACCUACAGCCAGACUGUGAGUUGUAUUAUAUUCCGACAGUUUCUUUUGUCUGGAAAUGGGGAGAAAACACGUUUUGUUCAAGUGACUCAUCAAUUUACAGGUCGGUCUUCUCUAUGUGUUCAACUUGAUCGUCGGUACCGGUGCUCUGGCCCUUCCGAAGGCUUUUCAAUCGGCCGGAUGGCUUCUCAGUAUCACUCUCCUCACAUUUUCGGCGUUCAUGAGGUACGUCAAUAAAGAUUCAUGACAAUAGAGUAUAUAUAUUUGGCUGAAAACACCCGUUAUACAUAUAUUUUCAGCUACGUGGCAGCAACGUUCGUUAUUGAAGCACUUGCCGUCGCCAACGCCGUUCUGUCAAAGAGAAGACGCGUCGAAUACGACGACGUUGUGGUGGCCGAUGGACCUUCGAGCUUCGAGAUCGCCAAAAAAGUUGAAGUGGUCAGUUAUUCAGGUGCUUAAGUGAUUUGAGCAAAGAUCGCAUUGUUCAGAGUGAAAUGGCAUCGAUGUUUCUGUCAAAAUUCUCGCUCGUGUUCUCCUACUUUGCGAUCAUUAUCUACUUAUUCGGUGAUCUCGCGAUUUAUUCGACGACAGUGCCGAAAUCCGCCAUGAACAUUGUUUGGUGAGACACCAAUAGCCGUUUUUCGUAGAAUUUCAUGAAAAAAUACUUGCAGUUCGACUAUCAACGCGUCGACCGUCAAGUCUGCUGACCCAUGUCACGAAUCGUGGCCGGAAAUCUUCUCCAGAAUGACUGUCUAUCGCAUUUUCGUGAUCAUUUUUGUGGUGGUUGUCUGCCUUCCAAUGGUUAUUGCUGGAAUCACAAAGACUCGACACAUCCAGAUCAUGACGACUCUUUCGAGAUGGGCUGGUGAGCAAUUCAUUGGUUUUUAUUUGCGCACAAACAAAACCAUUUUCCAGCGUUCAUUCUGAUGAUAUCCUUAGCGACAAUGCAACUUUCAAGUCAAGGAGCGGCUGCUCAUCCGCCAGCUUACAACUUCCACGGAUUUGGAUCGCUUUUCGGAUGCGCGGUCUACGCUUUCAUGUGCCAUCACAGCAUCCCGUCACUUAUCACUCCGAUGAGGUUGCCUCCAACUUUUCAACAGAAACAAAUCAAAUUUAUUUUUUUCAGAACGAAGGAUAAUGUGUUUGGAAAGAUUGCUGUUGUGUACGGAAUUGUCGGAGUCUUCUACUUCACCCUCUCUCUCACGGGAGCUUUUGCUUUCGAGCACGUGCAAGACAUCUACACGCUCAACUUCUUGCACGACGAUAACACUUCAUUCGUCUACUCUCUCAUCGAUUAUUUUCUGGCAUUCUUCCCGAUCAUCACGCUCACCUCGAGCUACCCUAUCAUUGCACUGACUUUGAUCAAUAACUUCAAAGUGGUCAAAGACAUUCUGUGUCCAAAGACAGGGUAAGCAGUUGGAAUCGCUCGCAACAUUUAAUGUUAUCAGUGAAAUUGUAGGCAGGAGAACGAGUCGCUGCUCGAGGAGGAUAGGCAAGAUGGUGAUAACGAUACAGACGAUGAGCGAGAAGUGAGACCUGUCAGAAAUGAGGUGGGUGAAGGGUGGAAAUAAAAAUUCAAAUCUCGAUAAAGACGGUUCAGAGAUCAAUCUUCGAAGUGCUGGUUCCGACCAUCGUGCUUGCUCUCCCGACGUUCCUGAGCUUGCUGACCGACGACAUGCUCCUUCUCGCCUCCAUUACCGGAAGCUUUCCAGGUGUCGCCGUCCAGUUUGCCAUCCCAUGUCUCCUAGUGACCGCUGCUCGGAAGCAUGCCCGCUCGGUGCUCAACUUCCCUGUUCCCCGAAAGAACAACAGCCCGUUCCAAAGCCCCAUUUGGAUUGUGCUCAUCUCGUGCUGGGCCGGUUUCUCGAUGAUCAUGGUGCUCCUCAAUCUGGUUGGAGUCAAGUUCUAA